GUUGCGAAUCGCAAACCAUUAGAAUUUUGAUAGAAAUUGCUAAGAGACGUUGAACGUAGAAUGUUUCCUAAACUUAUAUUAGUUUCAGCCGCUUUAGUGGCUUGCAAUGCGUUGCAUUCGUUUGGUCCGCGUUCGUCAAAGCAGGGAAGCUUCAACGAGUAUUUACUGUUUACGAGAGCAAGCUUAAAUCCCGAAGUAUUCAAUAGUUCAUUAGCAUCUAUUCAAGAAACUUCUAUGGUCUUGACUCGCAACACUACAAUUAUUGUCCACGGGCACGGUGGAUCAGGAGACACUACUUUGAAUCCAACGGUUCAAAACGCUUUGCUCCAAGUGGAAGACGCUGAAGUGAUCGUUGUGGAUUGGUCUCAGUAUUCCCUGCAAAGUUACACUAACGCCGUGAACGCCGUCCCCAGUGUUGGUGCUUACCUGGGUUCGCUGAUCAGUCAGCUAGUAGAAGCUGGAGUGGCUGCAUACGGCAGUAUUCAUAUUGUAGGCUUUGGUCUCGGAGCCCACGUUGCUGGCUACGCAGGCAGAGGUGUCAACGGACAAGUUGCUAGAAUUACAGGACUCGACCCAUCUGGAAACCAAUGGGGCACAAAUUCGAACAGACUCAAAAGCAGUGACGCAAAAUACGUAGAAGUGAUCCACACAGAUGGGUUCGGACUUCUGCCAAAUGGGAUUGGAACUAAUUUGGGGCACGUGGACAUCUAUGCGAACGGCGGUGAAGGCCAGCCAGGCUGUUUCCUCUCCAGCGCUUGCAGCCACCAGCGCGCUUGGGAACUCUUCGCCGCUUCUCUUACCCAUAGCCAUUUGAACGCUCAUUCCUGCAACUCCUUCGCUGAAAUGAGGUUGAAUAGAUGCCGUGGUAUACUUUUCCCAAUUGGUACCAACGCUAUGUCCAAAUUCGGAAAUGGAGUCUAUCGCAUUAACACCGGCAGAAGAUAUCCCUAUUAGUCUAAGAAAAAAGAAGAAUCUAAAUUUAAUUUGAUGUUAUGAAGCAGACGUUUGUGUAAAAAUAAAUUCUAACAGAAUA